AUAUUAGUGAAAAAAUGCCAGUGCGCAUAUCAUUGACAUUUUUUAACAAAGUAAUUUUUAUAAUUAUUGUUAUUAUUUUAUUUUUUAUUUGGUGGACAAAUUACAACUUGAUCAAUGAGCAAAAUAAUGAUUUUCUAAAAGCCGCCGUACUACUAAAGGUGUCAGUACAGAACGAGCCUCGAUCAGAGUUGAACAGACUUGCUGAAAGCGAGGCAGAUACUACUCCCACCGAUAAUGAUGUCACCACAUUAGAUUUUCAAUUGGGUGAGGAUGACUUCCUGGAAGCAAACCCAGCAAAAUCUGUACGCUAUUUUGUUUAUAAUAAGAAAUGUAAAAUUCCCUAUGCCGAUCCGUUUUCCCAUGAGGCUUUAGCUGUUUAUACACCAGCUAAGCUUAAGCUAUGCACCAAUGAAAGUGAUCUCAUUGAGCUCAACUACGAUAGGAACACGCAACACUACAAGCUGCAUAUAAACGAAAACUUUGUAAGAAAGGUGAAGAGCUUGAAGUGCAACUAUCGUGAGAUAACCAGAGGUACCAAGGAACGAGGGGAUUUUCACAGCAUAAUACAGAGCCCUGUGUACUUUAAACAGAAUCAGUCGCUACCACGACACAUAAGCGCCAUAAUUGUGAGUUGCCAUGACGCAUUUAAUGCUUCAAACAUGGUCCAGCAAGAUGCUUUUCAAUUGGUACAGCUGCAUAAGAAAAGCAAACGUUUGGCUCGUAACCCGCUGGAGCGUCGUCCUAGUGUCAUCUUGCUUGGCUUGGAUAGCAUCUCACGAGUGAAUUUCCAACGAACCAUGCCAAAGACGGCCAAGUUUGUGAGUCAACCGGGCUGGGUUGAAAUGGUGGGCUAUAAUAAAGUGGCCGACAACACCUUGCCCAAUCUGUUGGCCGUGCUUACGGGUCACAGGCCGCACGAGCUUCAUGAACAUUGUGAUAUAAGCAGCUAUGGCUGCUUGGAUGAGCUUCCCUGGAUUUGGAAACAGUAUAAACGUUCUGGAUAUAUGACGGCUACGGGCGAGGAUAUCACAAGAACUAGUCUCUUUACGUUGGGCUUGUCUGGUUUUAUCAAAGUACCAACGGAUUACUAUUUGCGUCCUUUGCUGGUUGCAAUUGAGAAAGCGCUGCGCACUUAUCGAAGAUUCGGCUACGAUUAUUGCAUUGGUAGGCGACUUAGCUUUGCGUAUGUCUAUGAUUUUUGCGCACAGUUUACGUCAAUAUUCGUCCAGGAUCUCGAUCAGCCGGUGUUUGGUUUCUUUUGGAGCUGCACGUUUACUCAUGAUUUUUAUUUUGCCGCCAGCAGCUUGGAUGAAAAGUUUAAUGCGUACAUGCAGAAGUUUGAACGGCAGCAGCUUUUUGAGAAAGCCAUUGUUAUACUCUUUAGCGAUCAUGGAUCACGCUAUGGCGAUCUUAUGGAUCUGUCUGAUAGUUUUUUGGAGGAGCGUUUACCCAUGCUACACAUUUAUUUGCCGCCUUGGUUUCGCAAAACUUAUUCCACCUACACAGAAUCCUUGUACACAAAUCACAAUCGGCUGUGCUCCAACUAUGACCUUCACAACACACUGAGACAUUUUCUGCAGCUGAAUGCCACAACAAAAGCACACCUGCCACCGUUAAAAAAUUGUCCCAGUAGUCAGUCUUUGCUGCAUACGUUACCUGAGGAUCGCGGUUGUGAGGAUGCCUGUAUUGAGGAGCAUUGGUGCACCUGCAAUGAAUUCAUCAAUCAUCCUCACGAUGGUGAAAUAUAUUAUGUAGGUAAACUGGUGGUGUAUCAUAUGAAUCGCUGGAUGCUUCUUCACAACUACAACAGAAAGUGCCAGCGUCUCGCCCUAAUGAAUAUGGACAAGGCUGAAGUGAAGGUUUUGCGCGAGGAAAAUGAAAAACAGACCUUGUAUGGGUCCAUUGUUACAUAUCGUUUAUGUUUUCGCACCUUUCCUGAGGUGGGCCAAUUUCGGUCAACCGUUCGCUACAACCGCGACAUCCAUGAGAUUGAGAAUCUAAAUGUGCCAGCAAUCAGUCGACUGAACUCUUAUCACAAUAAUUCGUUAUGUAUUAAUGACCGUAUUGCUAAGAAGUUUUGCUUUUGCUAUCCCGAAUGGAAGAAAUUUGACGAUUACAUGCGAUAUUGGCAAAACUUGAAAAUCACUACGAAGGCCAACUUGGAAAUAUAAAGCUUUUUUUUUUAAGAUUUAUAAAAUCUUCAGUCUGGCGUUUAGUGUUUGUUAAGAAUACAUGCGAACAUAUCAAAUUUUAACCAUAUUUCUUUUACUUACUUCGAUAACUAUUUGCUAUUGAGGUUGUGCAACACUUUUAUAUUUCAUUUUGUGACUUUUAAGAAUUUGUUUAGCACAAUUGCACCAGAAUCAAAAAUUUUGCUUAAAAAAGUUAACGGGAUAUCAAGUGAAGACUCAUCAUCUGACGAAUCGAAUAUGGAAGCGAUUACGAACAAUACGAAGCCAGAAGCCCAGGAGAAUUCACUUAAGAAGACUUAUGGCCUAAACGCCAACAGGUGGUGCCCGAUAAUAUCCACAAUUGCGUUUAAAGAACCUAACGGGAUAUCUAGUGAAGACGACUCAUCAUCUGACGAAUCUAUGAAAGAGAAUUCAAAGCCGAAUAAAAUGUCUAAAGAAAAUUUACUUUUGAUUAAGGACAUUACAAUGCCAGAAGCCCAGGAGAAUUCACUUAAAAAGAAUUAUGGCUUUAACGGCAACGGGGGGUGCCCGAUAAUAUCCACAAUUGAGCUUAAAGAACCUAACGGGAUAUCUAGUGAACACGACUCGUCAUCUGACGAAUCUAUGAUAGCGAACUCAAAGCCGAAGAAAAUGUCUGAAGAAAAUUUACUUUUGAUUAAGAUACAAAUCCAGAAGCCAAGCAGAAUUCACCCAAAAAGACUUGUGGCUUCAAUGCCAACUGGGGAUGCUUGAUACUAUAAGAACGCUUGUUGUUAGUAAAUACAAAAGAUUGUUCGUUUCA